AUGGAUCCUUCAAGACAAAGUGGAACGGGGCAUCGAAGAAGACAAGCCAACAUUGAAUAUGACGAUGAUCAAUCUGAUGGUGCAGUACCUCUAAAUACUACUGCGAAAACAACAACCGAGUCUGAUACAAGAGAUGGCCAAUCUGACUUAAAUCAAGCUUCAUCUACACAAGAUCUGAUUUUACGAAGGCGACCUGACGAUAUCCAAACCCAACUGAACACUAAUCGCUCACUACAGGUAGUUCAAUCUCAAAAUGAAUCAAGGAGAAGCAACACAUAUCGGCCAAGUAAUUACAAAACCACCGAUCGCACGUCUCAAGAGGUGGAUAGGAACUCCCUUCCCAGUAAAAGAGAUUUACUUCAUGGCAAAUUCAUCAAAAGCAAUAAUGAGUCCGAUAAGAUGGUGAAACGAAAAGUCGAUUGGGAAACAGAACAAUUCAAUAAAGCAAAGCAGUUGAAUCUUCAAACUGAUGACAGAAUCCAUCUAGCAGACAAGGAUGACUACGAAUACGUGUUUGAUGAAUCCCAAUACGUCGACUUUGAUGACAACGAGGAAAGUGUAUUGAAUGGGGAAGAGGAACAAGAAGCUGGGCCAUCUACUAAAUUGGCAGACUUGGAAAAAGUGAAAACGUCGCUUCCUGUUUACCGAUACAAACAGGAAUUUUUGGAUCUACUAAAGGAUAACCAGGUGAUUAUUAUUGUGGGAGAAACAGGUUCAGGAAAGACAACUCAAUUGCCUCAGUACCUAUAUGAAGGUGGCUAUUCUCAUGGAGAUACCAAAAUCAUAGGGUGUACGCAGCCAAGACGGAUUGCCGCUGUGUCUGUGGCUCAAAGGGUUGCUGAUGAAAUGGGAACCUCGUUGGGGGGAGCAAAGGGUAAAGUGGGCUACUCGAUUCGGUUUGAUGACAACUGUUCCCCCUCCACUAUCGUAAAGUUUGCGACUGAUGGUAUGCUUUUGAGAGAGUUUCUCAAUGAUCCCGGUCUAUCCAACUAUGGUGCUAUAAUGAUUGAUGAAGCACAUGAACGUACAUUGUCUACUGAGAUUUUGUUGAGCUUGUUGAAGGAUUUGUCGAUACAACGGAAAGAUUUAAAGAUUGUCAUUGCUAGUGCCACAAUCAAUGCCGAAAAGUUUUCAAGUUAUUUCAACGGUGCACCCAUAUUGAAUAUACCUGGACGGCGGUUUCCUGUAAAGAUACACUACACCAAGCAACCUGAGGCAAACUAUCUACAAGCGGUAAUGACCACCAUUUUCCAAAUACAUUUGACCCAGCCACUUCCCGGUGACAUCCUAGUGUUUUUAACGGGACAAGAUGAAAUUGAAAAACUCGAAACUCAAAUACAGGAUGCCAUUGUCAAGAUUGGAGACCAAUUGGAGGACAGAAAAUUGCUGGUAUGUACUGUGUAUGCUAACUUGCCCAGCGAGUAUCAAAGCCGGAUAUUCGAGCCUGCGCCGAUCAAUACCAGGAAAGUCAUUUUGGCAACAAACAUAGCCGAAACAUCCAUUACUAUCGAGGGUGUUUCAUUUGUGGUUGACCCAGGUUACGUCAAACAGAAUGAGUAUAACCAUUCGACGGGAAUGGAAAGUUUGGUUGUUGUUCCUUGCUCCAAGGCCAAUUGUGAUCAAAGAGCAGGUCGUGCAGGAAGAGUGGGGCCGGGAAAGUGUUUCCGGAUGUUCACCAAGCACUCAUUUGAUAAUGAAAUGGAUUCCUCGCAAAAACCCGAGAUUCAACGGAUAAAUUUGAACUCGGUUAUUUUGUUGUUGUUGUCUCUUGGGGUCAACGACUUGUUGAAUUUUGAGUUUCUAGACCCACCACCGAAGGAGAGUAUUAUGAAAUCAUUGAGUCUUUUGUACUCUUUGGGAGCAAUCAAGUCUAGUGGGAAACUCUCCAAAACUGGUUUCAAAAUGAAUGAGUUCCCACUUGACCCGGUAUUGACGAAAUGUAUAUUGAGCAGUGAGGCAUUUGGCGUUACUAGGGAGAUUUGCAUAAUCAUCGCCAUGUUGACAGAGUCAGCAAACUUGAAGUAUUCUCCAAAACAAGUUGAUCAAGAGGUGAUUAAGAAAAGACACAGUCAAUUUGAUGCACCCGAGGGAGACCAUUUGACAUUGUUGAACAUUUUCGAGCUGUGGCUGAACACCGGGUAUUCAAAGCAGUGGUGUGAGGACCAUUUCCUACAAUACAAGACUCUACAACGAGCACGUCAUAUUUUCCAGCAGGUGAUUAAACUUUGCAAAAAAGUCGGUGUUGAUGUGAAUAGCAAUCGGAUUGGACGCGGUGAGAGUGAGAAGCAUGUUGGUGGUAAUGAGAGCUUGAAUGGUGGAAAAGCGGUGCCACAGUUCUACACAGCCAUUCAAAGACUGUUGGUUAGUGGCUUUUUCAACAAUAUAGUCAAACUCUCACCCAUGGGAGACUGUUAUCAACCAUUAUUGAAAUCAAAACAAAACGUGCCUUGUUUUGUACAUCCGUCUUCGACCUUGUUCAAAAAGAAGAUGCAUAAGCCAAAGUAUUUGGUAUAUUAUGAAUUGGUACUAACUAGUAAAGAGUACAUGAGAAACUGUUUGAUUUUGGAUGAGCUGAUUGUGAAAAAGAUUCAGAGUGAGACUUGA